AUGAUAAAUGCAGAGGGAAAUAAAUAUGAACUACCGAAAGAUGAGGAGAUAGAAGAUUUUUUACUAAAAGUAGAAGAAGUAAGCAAUAAAAUUAAUAGGUUAAUAAAAGGGACUAUAAGUGUUGAAGAACUAGAAAAAGAAGAGAAGAAGUUACGUUUAGAAAAAAGAAUAAAAGAAAUUAAAGAAGAAGAAAAAAAAGAGUAUGAAAAGAAAAGGUUUCUUAUGGGUAUAGAAGGAAAAGGUAAUGAAGAGAAUUAUUUAUUUUUUUGUUCUUUUUGUUUUAUUCUAUAUAAUUAUGAUUUGACAAAUUGUGUACGAUGUAAUAAAAAAGUUAUAAGCAAAGAACAAAGGAAAAAGGAAAUAAAUGAUAAAGUACAAAAGUAUAAAAUAUUAAAAAAUAAAAGAAAUAUUAGAAGAAAUAGAUGGAAUACAUAUUUAAAAGAACAAGAAAAAAAAAAUAAACGAACAUAUAAAAAUUGUACGAAUUAUGAAAAAUGGAAUCAUUAUGAACCAAGUACAGAUACAUUUGAUGAACAUGAACAAAUGUUAUGUCUACCUAAACAUAAUGAACAAUUCAAACAAUUCGAAAAGAAAUUAAAUCAAGAUAUACAAAAAAAAAAAGAUAGACAACAAAUUGCAUAUUCUAUCAAAAUAAAAGGUAAUGAAUAUUUUAAACAAAAUAAAUAUAUACAUGCUAUUGAAUGUUAUAAUAAUGCAUUAGAUUUAUGUAAAGAUUAUUUAGAUCUAUAUGUUAAUAUAGCUCUAUGCCAAAUUAAAAUAUAUCAAUAUGAAAAUGCAAUCCUUAAUUGUAAUCAAGUUAUUCAAUAUUAUAAUACUUUCCAAACAGAUCUCAAAUUUAAUAUAUCCAUUAUUUUUAAAGCUUAUGCAAGAAAAGCUCUAGCCCUUUUUAAAUUAUUUCAAUUUAAAGAUUCAUUAACAAAUUUUACUCAAGCUUUAGAAUUUAAUAAAAAUGAUCAACAGGUCAAUGAAUAUAUACAAAAGUGUAAACAUAUUUUAAAUGAUCAACUUAACUCGCACUAUGGCCAGAACCAAAUAUCAUAUCUUUCGUGUGGUAAUCCUUCUCAUGCAAAAUUAAAAAAUGCACAAAGUGAACGAGAAGCAAAACAAACCAAAAAAAUUAUAGGUGUGGAGAAUGAAAAAAAUAUAGGUGUGGAGAAUAAAAAAAAUGUAGGUGUGGAGAAUGAAAAAAAUAUAGGUGUGGAGAAUGAAAAAAAUAUAGGUGUGGAGAAUGAAAAAAAUAUGGGUGUGGAGAAUGAAAAAAAUAUAGGUGUGGAUAAUGAAAAAAAUAUAGGUGUGGAGAAUAAAAAAAACAAUAUAGAGUGUAUAGAGUGUAUAGAGUGUAUAGAAUUCGUAGAAAGUGUGGAAAAUAUAAGAAAUGUAGAAUACAAUAACAAUGACGCCGAAAUUCAUAUGGCAUUCAAUUCAAAUAAUCAAGAAAAUGCUUUUCUUUUACACAAUUUAAAAAAUUCAGACCUAAACAAAAAUAUCAUGCUGGAAUUGUCAAAAAAAGAUAUUAAUAAAGAACCAAACGUUUUUAUUAUCCAUUUAAAAGGGAUAAGAAAGAAUAUAAAAAAAGAUGAAAUGACAAAAUUAAUAUUCUGCUCUCAUGUAUAUGAUCUAGAAAAGGAGGAUUAUAAUAAUCCGAAGCAAUCAACAAAAAAAAGAAAAUACAUAACUAUGUUAUCUUUCUUUGUUGAUAAACUUAAUGAUAUAUUAUUCUAUAUAAAAAGGAAAUCACAAAAUAAUGAUUGCUUAUUCUAUACACAAAAUAUAAAUAAUAAAAUUUUCAAAAUAAAAAAAAAUGUUAAAAAAUGUACACAUUUAAUUAUUGAUAUCUUAAUAUUCAUACUUGAAAAUCAUUUUUAUUAUGCAGAUUUCUGCUUAAACGCUAUCAAACCUAUUUUUACCUUUUACUUUUUAAGAAAUGUAAAAGUAUCAAAGUGCCUCCAUCUUUUAUAUUCUAUCAUAUCUAAUAAUAAUGAAGGAAAAAAAAUGAUUUGCCAAAUGUUAGAAGAGAAACAUAUCAUUUUAAAAGAACUAUUUAACAAAAUAAAUAAUUUUAUCCUACAUGAAAGAAACACAUAUACAAAUGAAAAAAUUAGAAUCAUGGAAAAUUUAAAAAGUCAUAUAUUGACAUGCACAUAUGUGAAAAAGUACCUGAACGUUCAGGAAAUAAAUGAAUUAGCUAGCCAAAAGUCAGAAUUUAUGAAAGAAAAUGAAUAUAAAAAUAUGGAGCACAUGGAGGAGUACAUAAAAUCUAAUGAGAAAGAAAAAAAGGGAUACAAUACAAAAAUUAAUAAAGAGAUGAAGAAAAUAAAUAGUGAUAUAAAUUAUGAUAAUAUUUUAUUAUAUGGCGAUGAAAAAAAGAAGGAAAUAUUUAUGUCUGUUCUGAAGGAUAUUAUGUCUAUUGAUAUGUUGAAAAAGGAAGAUGAAAAUAAUAGAUCAUUAAUAAAUGAAGAGUCAAAAGCUUCUUUAUUUUGUAAUAUUAAUGAUAUGGAAAAAAGGGUAGAAACAUAUAUGAAAAAUAAUAUGAAAAGUAUUAUGAAAAAUAUUAUGAAAAAUACCAUAAAAAAUACCAUAAAAAAUCAGGAUGAAGAACAAAACGAAUGCUUGACUUUGUUCAGUUUCUUAUCAUAUUUAAUUGUAUUUCCAAACAUUCUGAAUAUUAUUGAAAAAUGUUGCAUGCAAAAUAUGAUAAAUAUUAUAAUUUAUAUAAAUGAAAAAAUGUAUGAUUAUAAAAAUAUGAAAUGUAACUAUAUAUUAUUUUUAUUAAAUUUCGUAAGUCACAUUAGAGUUCGUUCUUUUAUAUUGACAUGCUCAUUAUCCAAUAUGUUUUUUUAUAUAGAGAAGAAUGAAAAUGAUUAUUUACUGAAAAAUGUCUUAUCCGUACUUUUUAAUUUAACAAUAACAUGGCUAAACGAAAUGGAUAGCAAGAAUUUUAUUGUUUUAUCAUAUUAUGGAGAAAUAAAAGAAAGUACAUUUCGUAAAUUAAUUAAUGGUAUUGAAUCAUCAGAUAAGCGUGUGUGUGAAUUGUCUAUGAUACUUUUGUCUAGAUUUUAUUUAUACAUGUAUUGUUUUAAUGAUAAAAUAAAAGUACAGAAAAAUAUAAAGGAUAAUCAAAAUAAACCAGAUGAUAUGUUAGAACAGGUGCCUUUAAUAUUUAACAAGGAUGGUAUAGAUAUUAAACAUUUCUAUGAUGAAAAGGUACAACAAAAAAAAAAUGAAAGUUUAAUGAAUAAAUUAAAAGAAAAAAUAAAGAAAGAAAAUGAAAAAUUAUAUGAACUAGAUAAUAUAUCAUUUUUAUAUUUAAAAAGAAAUAUUAUGAAUUGUUUAUCAACAGUAAAUAUACAAAAUGAUCUUCUAAUAAUAAAUGCAUGUAUAAAACUUGUAUACAAUUUAUCCAUAUAUACAAAUUUUAUCUUUAAAAAUAUAAUAUAUCAUCAAACAAAUACAGAUGAAUAUUACUUUAAACAAUUAAUUAGUCACAUUUCUUCUAUCCUUUUGAAUAUUACACUGGAUGAAAAAGAAAAGAAUGUCAACAAAUCAAUAUAUGUAUUAAUAAAUAAUAUUAUCAUGUUCUUUAUUCAAAGCUUAAAAUUUAUUUGUAUACAUAACAUCCAUAAAGAACAAUCUAUAUAUAUCAUAAGAACAAUUCAAAGUAUUAUUCCUUAUGCUAUCAAAAUUUCUAAUAGUAAUGAGAAAAAAUUGAAUAAAAAUAUUUCCAUGUUUUUAUCAUAUUGUUUUUUGAAUAAGGAUUUAAAAAAAACAAUACUUGAGUUAUAUGAUAAUGAUAUAAGGAAAGUGGAGCACUUGAUGAAAUAA